ACUCAGUCAGCAGCAAUUUCAAUUCUGAAAGUUUUAAUAUGGAUAUACAAGCAUUUGUUCAACAUCAAGAAAGAGAUAGAAAACCAUUUUUAAUUAAUGAUACAGAAAUCGACGGAUUGAUGAUUAAAGCUAUUCAAGUAUUACGAAUACAUUUAUUGGAACUAGAAAAAGUUCAAGAAUUGUGCAAAGAUUUUUGUAGUAGAUACAUAACAUGUCUAAAAAUUAAAAUGCAAAGUGAAAAUUUAUUACGUUCUGAUUACACAUCGGGUUACAUAGAAAAUAAUAGCAGUGGUAACUCAAGUAAUAGCAAUUCUCCAUUAUGCCAUUCUCCACACCAUAGUCAGGUGAUAUCCUCUUCAGGAGUUUCUGUGCGGCAGUCUGGAGACAACGAUGCUAUAAAACCAAAAAUAAUAAUGGAUUUAAAAAACAUAACCUGUCUUUUAUCAAAUAUACCAUCCUCCACAUCCGUAGAAAUGAAAGAUGUAUCUCAAGUCUCAGAUGUUUCCCAACUUGAUUUGACAGUCACUAAAUCUACACUUCAAAACUCUUCUUUAGAAAAAACACCAUUAUCAGCAAUUGGUACAAAUGUAUUACAGAAUAAUGUUUCUAUUUUACAUGGUUCCUUAUCAGCUACUAGUGGUGGCUCUUGUGAUGAAGAAGAUGACUACUUUGGGAGUAAAAAGAAAAGGCAACAAAAAAGAGGAAUUCUCCCUAAACAGGCUACAAGUGUAAUGCGCUCUUGGCUUUUUCAACAUUUAAUUCAUCCUUAUCCAACAGAAGAUGAAAAAAAAAUUAUUGCCGCACAGACUAAUUUAACAUUGUUACAAGUAAAUAAUUGGUUUAUCAAUGCACGAAGACGAAUAUUACAACCAAUGCUUGAUGCGUCUACCCCUGAUAUUGCUGGUGAACAAAACUUUACUCUUUCUAAAGAUAAGUCUGCAAUUGUUGAUAAUAACAAGUUUUCAUGGCCUGCUGAUGAUUUAUUACAAUCUCAAAAUGUCAAUGAAAAUUCAAAUGAAUCAAAUUUUGGUGAAAGUGAAGCAGAAGAUGACGAAGAAGAAGAAAUUAGUGAUAUUUUUUCUCAACAUAGUGUUAAUGAAUCAGAUUAGUCAGUGUUUUAAGAAUAAUCUUAAUACAUUGUACAAUGUAUAUGAAACAGUAAUCAUUUUAUAUGUAUGUAAAAAGUAAAUAUUGUUAUAUUAUAUACAGUCAAUGUUAAUGUUAAAUACAUUUAAUAUGUUAUACAUAUUAGAAGACGAGAGAUAAUUAACUAAUAACUUAAAUAAUAUAAUACAAAAUAAUAUAAUUUAUUGAAAACAUAUUGAUAUGUUUCAUAAAGUGUAUUAAAUGGUUAAAAUACUUAAGUGGUUUAUUAAGAUAAUAAUUAUCAAUAAAUCAAUAAAUAUGUGUUAUUAUUAAAUAAAUAAAUGUUCCAAGCCUUAUAAGUAUUAUAAGUAAUAAUAACUAAUCAAUGACUGUAAAAACAAUUUGUACAAAGUAAAUUUUAUUUAGAAUAACAAUUGAUUGAGGUUUAACUAGAGUUAUUGUAUCAUUUAAAUACAUUAUAGAAAUAUAAUAUUAAAUGCUAAUGAUUUAAAAAAUAAAAUUACAGUCUAUUCCAAAUAAGAGUAUAUUGGUUUGUGCAUUGCUCAUGACCCUAAUCCCUUCACCCACAAACUAUGCGGUUAAAGCUUAUUAACAAAUAGAGCUGUCAAAUAAAAAUUGGUUAGGUGAUCAGUAUAUUUUUAUUUGAAAUAGACUAUGUAUUGUAAUUUCAUUUAUAUUUCAAAAUCUUGAGUUGUCUUAAUAUUUUAAAUAUUAAUUUGUUAACCCGAUUAUUAUAAAAUUAUAUAUUUUUAAUGUGUUCUUUUUUUUACAUAAGAUUAGAACAUCAUUAAUGAAAUAAUACUACUACUUUUAUGACCAAUUUCUACCUAUUAUAAUAAUUAUUCAUAGUAAAAUUGCAGCAGUGUUCCUCAGUCAAUAUUUUAACGCUUUGAAAAUAAAUGUUAAAAGAACCAUAAUACAAACUGUAGUGGAUGGCAAAUUUUCAAAUUUUCUAAUUUGUCAUCUAUAUUGAAUAUAUAUACAUUUAAAAUUAAUU